AUGUGGCAAGCAAACUGCAGACGGAUGCAUAAUUUAGCAGACUGGAUUUCCGGGACAGUGAUGGGAGGCUGUGUGGGGAGGAGUAGGACGGAUGGACAAGGGAGUGCCCGGGGCUCGACAAGGAGCAAAAAACGUGGAGGACGUAAUGAGCCCCUUAAGAAGGAGCGUCCAAAAUGGAAGAGUGAAUACCCGAUGACGGAGGGCCAGCUGAGGAGUAAGAGGGAUGAGUUUUGGGAUACGGCUCCAGCCUUUGAUGGACGGAAAGAGAUCUGGGACGCACUCAGAGCAGCAGCCCUGGCUGCCGAGUGCAAUGACCUGGAGCUUGCACAGGCUAUAGUGGAUGGAGCCUGCAUUACUCUGCCACAUGGCUCUCUGACAGAGAGCUAUGAUGAACUGGGAAACCGCUACCAGCUCCCAGCGUACACUUUAGCCCCGCCUGUCAACCUCAUCUCUGAAACGUCCAGUGAGAGCAAAGUUUCUGAAUCCACACAAAAACAAGCUCAGCCUCCUCCAAGCAGACAAGAAUUCCAGCUGCGGGUACGACUGUCAACAGGAAAGGAUGUGCGUCUGACAGCCAGCAUGGCAGACUCCAUCGCUGAGCUAAAGAAACAAUUGGAGGAACAGGAAGAAAUUGAUGUGAAUCGCCAGAGGUGGUUCUUUUCUGGGAAGCUCCUGACUGACAAGACUCGUCUGCAAGACACCAAGAUCCAGAAGGACUUUGUCGUCCAAGUGAUUGUCAACGUGAACCCUUCAGUCAUAACUAACUGA